AGAUCUCUCUUACGAGUUAUUUGAAUUUAAUUACUAUUUAAAUAAAAUGAACAUUAAUACAAUUCCUUAAUAGUAACUAAAAAAUAAUUUAAAUAUCAUAUAAUUAGUUUGAAAUAUAUAAUUAACUAUACUACCACACUUAAUAAUAUAUAUUUCAUAAACUAAACAUGUUUUACCAUUUAAAGAAUACCCUUAGGAUUUAUCCAUUAACAAGAUCUGUAACCCAAAAAGCCACAUCAAGUAAAAACUCACUACAAUAUUGUGCAAACAUUGUAAGGUAGACAGCAUGAUUAUGAAAAUUACUUAGCAACACUGCUCAUGACCAAAGCUCUUCGAUCUCCAGCUUUUGUUGUACGAGCUUUCAAUGCUGAAAUAGCAAGGGUUCAGGAUCAAACUACAGAUCCUCAAACUGCAGCAAUGAGACUUCAGUUCUGGCAAGAUGCUGUCAACUUGAUAUAUCAAAACCAACAGUCAUACAAAAUACCGGCCAAUCCCAUUACUCAAGAAUUAUACAAGGUUUGUAUUAGUUACAAAUUACCAAAAAGAUAUAUAGAAAGGCUUAUUUCAUCAAGGCAAAGUUUACUCAAAACAAAAUACUUCAGAACAAUGGAAGAUGUGGAAAUAUACACUGAGAAUACAGUUUCAACAAUAUAUUACUUACUUCUCUGUAUUGCCGGUGUAACAAAUGUACAUGCAGACCAUGCUGCCUCCCAUUUGGGUAAAGCACAGGGAAUGGCUAAUAUACUCAGGUCAGUCCAUGUAUUUAACUAUCAUAAGACAGUAUCUUUACCAAUGGAUAUAUUGAUGAAGCAUCAAGUCAGUCAAGAGUCUGUUCUAAGAGGAAAUGAUAAUGAAAAUAUGAGAAAUGUCAUAUUUGAGGUAGCUAGCAGAGCCAACAGCCACUUGGAAAAGGCUAGAAGUAUUCAAGUACCAAAAAUAACAAAUCAGAUUUUCUUACCAGCAAUUGCCAUUGAUAAAUAUUUAACAAAACUUCAGAAAGUAAACUUUAAUGUAUUUGAUAAAAGAUUGUUACAAGGUAGUCCAACAUUGCCUCUAACUUUGUAUUACAAGAGGAUUUUAAAUAAAUUUUAACCAUAAUGAAUAUUUUUUAGGAAAUUAAAGUUUAUAUUUAAUUAAUUAAUGUCUC